AUGCCGCUUGCAGCAGGCCUAGGAAGGCAGGUCUGGGAGGGAGAGGUCCACCUCUCAGGCCCCAGCCCAGCCCCAGUGGCCCAGCAGAGCUGGCAGCCCUGGCUGGACUGGGCUGUCAGCAGAAACUCUGUGUCCAGGGGUGAGAAGCUGGCACUAACCCACCAACUAACUAGCGCCUCUGGGUCUGAAGUACAGGGCCACUGUAGAGGGAAGCCAGAGGCUGGCUCCUUGGGGCUAGCAAGAGUUCGUGGUUUCUGGAGCUCCUGGGAGCCCUCCCUGGGUCAGAGGAAGGGGCGGCAGCUUCGCCGCCCGCGGCUCCGCGGACCAGGGGCCGCGCCCUCGUGGGACUCGCCGGGCGCGUUGUCCGUUGCGAGGAGCCGGCGGGGCCGCGGCGGCGGUUUGGGCCUGAGCCGGAUCCCGGCAGCCGGCGGGAAGCUCCGCCUCCCUAGGUCGCCCCGGUCCCGCCCCAAACCCGCCUUGAGAGCCGCCAGCUCGGGGUCAAAGGACGACCGACACCCUGCUCCCGGACGUUCAGCUGCACAGCAGGGGGAAGAAUCGGUGGGAUCCCAAGCGUUGGUCCAGCUCCUGCCCAAGGAGCCCCGGCAGAGCACUGUAGAAAAGGGCCGAAGUGUCCAGCAGGGGGAGAAGCCUGUAGUUAACUUGGAGACCACACCCAGGCAGAAGAGAGCGGAGAUGGACUCAACACCCAAGCCUGAGUGUGAAGGCAAGUUAACAACGCGAGCCGCUGAGGGCAAAUCAAGACCCAGACCUGGAGACCUGAUUGAGAUUUUUCGCCUUGGCUAUGAGCACUGGGCCAUCUACGUGGAAGAUGACUGUGUGGUCCACCUGGCUCCUCCGAGUGAGGAACUUGAGGUUGGCAGCAUCAAUUCCAUCUUUAGCAACCGGGCUGUUGUAAAAUACAGUCGCCUGGAGGAUGUGUUGCAUGGCUGCUCCUGGAAGGUCAACAACAAUCUCGAUGGGACGUACCUGCCCCUGCCCGUGGACAAGAUCAUCCAGCGUACGAAAAAUAUGGUCAACAAGAUAGUGCAAUACAGCCUGAUCAAAGGGAACUGUGAGCACUUUGUCAACAACCUCAGAUACGGUGUGGCCAGGAGCCAGCAGGUAGAGCACGCCCUGAGGGAAGGAGCAAAGGCUGCAGGAGCCGUUAUUUCAGCUGUAGUUGAUAGCAUAAAACCCAAACCAGUGACUGCCUGA